GCUAUGCUUAAGCCCUAUGUCCUAUUAGUAGACACUUAAAUCCGUUAACACGUAUCACGCACGACAAAGUUGCGAAACAACGAUUUCUCUUUCACGAGUGUGUCAGAUUUGAUCUGCCUGAACGUAUUAUACUUUUCAUUCACAACAUUUUCAAUAUCAAGACCUUCAAGUGUACUGUUGGCGCGUGCUCACAUUUCACAAUAGAGGCAGCCUCCUACAGACCUGUGAAUUGUCUCCUUCGAACCUUAGCGUCAGACGGUCACCCCUAACCGUAAAGAAAUGUACACAGAUAGCUAAUUCUUCGACUAAGACAUUUGACUUAUAUGUAACAAUUGAAGUGAGUUUAUUUGUAAUGCCAUGCAAAUAAAUGUUAGAUGACAUGUGUAGUCUGUGGUGUAGUGUGGUGAUCCUUUUAUUCAGUUCAUAGCAGCAGACGGUACUAUACUUGCUUUAUGAAAUGGGUGUAAAUAAAUUAUGGUCAAGUUUGUGGUUUCUUCUGUCAUUUAUUGCAUCGAUGAAAGCACAGCAUCGGUCAAACGUCGUAUUCAUCAUGGUGGAUGACAUGGGAUGGAAUGAUGUGUCAUUUCAUGGAUCAGAUCAGAUCCUCACACCGAAUAUUGAUACGUUGGCGUACCGCGGUGUCAUUUUACAUCAGUAUUACAGCGAGGCUAUAUGCACUCCCGCAAGGACAGCUCUUCUCACGGGGAAAUACCCAAUGAGAUUAGGUAUGCAAGGGUUCCCACUAUAUAAUUCGGAAGACAGAGGUAUACCUCUAACGGAACGCCUUCUACCCUCUUACCUGAAAGAGUUGGGUUAUUCCACGCACCUGGUGGGUAAAUGGCACGUGGGAAUGUCCAGGAAGGAGUACUUACCCACUUCUAGAGGGUACGACACUCAUUACGGCAUGAGAGGAGGGUUCAUCGACUAUUACACUUAUAAUAAAGUGGAAAGAUGGCCGGACGGCAGAUUACUGUUCGGUAUGGAUCUGUAUGAUAACGAUAUACCUCAAGAUCAAGAGAAUCGGUAUAUCGUCGAUGCUCUCACAGACAGAGCUGUCAAAAUAAUCCAGCAUCACAACACGUCUAAGCCGCUGUUCCUGCACGUCACACAUAAUGCACCACACGCUGGGAACACCGGCGGACCUCUGCAACCGCCCCUCUAUUCUCCUGUCAAGAACAAGCACAUCGCCAACUCGAAUAGACGACUUUACGCAGAGAUAAUGAAUGGCGUGGACCGAAGCGUAGGCAGGGUAGUCCGAGCCCUAGCGGAGAAGGGAAUCCUAGACGAUACUAUCAUAAUAUUUGUUUCUGAUAACGGAGCACCUACAGUCGGCGAUAACAACAAUUGGGGCGUGAACCUCCCGCUGAGAGGCAAGAAAUAUACACCUUGGGAGGGAGGACUUAGAGUUCCAGCUUUCAUCUGGCAUUCCUCAUUCCGUCCAAGAAUUUGGAACGGGUUAAUGCACAUCAGCGAUUGGUUGCCCACAUUAACCGCCGCGGCUGGGGGCAUAUUCAAGGGCAAAAUCGACGGGGUCAACCAAUGGGAACCUAUAGUACAAGACGGCGAGUCUAGAAGAAACGAAGUGCUGUUAACAGUUGAGGAUAGCGAUAGGAAUGUGUACGCAGCAUACAGAGCUGGAGAUUAUAAAAUAGUUGUAGGAAACGUGUCUGGUUUGAGCAAUGAUUACUAUGGAGCUGAGCUUAUGGCUAAUAGGAGGACGCCGCCGGAAUACUUCCCGGCGCUGACGUCGUGUGAAGUGGCGAGGACGUUCGAGGGUAUGGGGAUGUAUUUGGACUACUUUGAUGUUCUCGCGAAGCGGGCGGCGUCGACGGUGACGCAACAAGAUCCUGUUAGUGAUCCGAGGCCGUGUGUACCUACCCCAUCUCGCGGGUGCCUGUUCAAUGUUCGCCGAGAUCCUGCAGAGAGGCACGAUCUUUGGAAUGCCGCGAACAAAAUAGCUGUCCUUCUAACGAGUAGACUACGAGGUCUUUGGGCAUCACAGAAGAGAAGAGGACCCCCGAAUCUCCAAGCGGAAUCAGACCCCGCAAAUUUCGACUACCUAUGGACACCGUGGAUCUUCAACGGCACGAGUGCCACCAAAAAUGACACAGUUAACGGAACUUCAAAAUCCAAUUGCAGGGACACUACAAAAGCUAAUGUUAUAAAUUGUAACGGAACAACGGGUAUAAGAAACUUUUUGUGUUUACUUAGGAGCGUUUUUUGAGUUUAAUUCAUUUUGGUAACCUUAAAGGCAUUAUUUGUUAGUGAGUAAUCAAUCAAUCAUUACAAUCAGUGAGAUGAAACUGUGAGAUAAAUAGGAAAGUAGACAAUAAUUAGACUAACGAACGUAAAGUGAAAAGUAGUGAUUUGCCGAGAGAUUUAUAUUUAUUUGUUUCCUAUUAAAAGCUUUGGUAUUUUCUGUGUUAUCUUGUUCUAAAAAAUGCAAAUAAAUAUUUUGUAAAAGCUUUUAAUUUUUGUUAUCUAUUUAUUUGUGGUAAAAUAGAUAUUAAAAAUAGAUUAACCACAUAGCAGUUAGGUACCCACUUAUAUGAUUGUAAUAUAUAUGCAGAAAUAUUCAACAUUUACCAAGUCAUAGUUUUAAUAAAUGUAUAACUAUUUGAUAUAUAACUAUAUAAGUUUAAGUAAACAGAAUAAAAUGAAACAGCCUU